AUGCCAGUAUUCCAAGCAAAAAAGUUCCGCCCAUCCUCCUAUAACUCCACCAUCCCAGCCCGCUAUCGAGCAGCACUGGCCAAACACCCUUUUGCCCUCUUCGGCCUACCUUUCAUCGCAACCAUGGUUCUCGGGUCAUUCUUCCUCACACCAGCAACGGCAUUACGAUAUGAGCGACAUGACCGAAAAGUCAAACAACUCUCCAAAGACGAGGAAUUGGGCAUCGGCAAGGAGAAGCGGAAGAUUGACAUGAGGGAGGAGUACUACAAGCUGGCGGCGAAGGAUCUGGACAACUGGGAGCAGAAGCGGCUUUCUCAGACGAGAGACAAUGCAAACAUGGAAGCGUACGAGCGGUGGAAAGGUCAUGUCAUCUUGAAAUUCAGUGCAAAGAUCUCGGCUCGUCAGCUAGGAUCCUAA